GCCGCCACAUGCUGCAGGGGUCCGGCGAGCGCACCUGCACGACCGUGGUUGGCAGGGAGCUCCUCGGGGAGGCGCUGGGCGGCGCGAUGGUCGGCCAGACCGCGGGGCGCUGCCGCGGGCACUGCCUCGAGGAGUCCAGCUGCGGCUGCUACUCGUUCGACCCGAGCCGCAACGGAACUUGCUGGCUCAAGAGGAAGCCUUGCAACGAGCUUCUCGUCUGGACGGAGACUGAGGACAUGACGUCAGGAAGCUGCCGCGAGAUGCGCCCGCAGGUCUGCACCAGCGUCAAAGGCAAGAACGUCGAGUCGGACGUACUGAUCAAGGACGGGGAGCGGACUUUGUUCACAGAUUACGACGCUGGUAAGUGCCAAAAGCGUUGCCAAGAAACGGGAGGUUGCAAUUGCUACACGUUCGACUCCAGUCGCAAUGGCACGUGUUGGCUGAAAACCGGUGUUUGUGACAACUUCUACGAGUCGGAGGAGACAGGGAACAUGAUAAGCGGUACUUGCCGCGAGGAGCGCCCUGUUCUCGAUUGGCCCAUGAGCACAAAGCCAGAAGACGGCGGCGGCCUGGCAGCAACAGCGGUCGAGCAGAAGCACUGGUCAGGCCGCCAGAUUUGUACCAGUGUGUUGGGGAAAGACAUCGCAGACGCCACCGAUCUCUCAUUCGCAGUGAACUCCACGGCCAGUGCGUGCCAGAGCCGUUGCGCGAGCACGCCAGAGUGCAAGGGCUACAGCUUCGACCCCAGCCGAAACAGCACCUGCUGGCUGAAGAGGGGCCCGUGCCAGGGGGACUUCGUCGAGCGGCCCGAGACGAGCGACAUGGUGGCGGGCAGGUGCAGCGAGGGCAGGCCGCUGCUCGACUGGCCGCUGCGCGCCACGAGCAGGAAGCAGGGCCUGCUGGAGAAGUUCCGCGUGACCCAGGGCGCCAGGAAGGACUCGGUCGCCCUGCUCAGCCACCACGGCACCUACGUCACCGCCCAGAGCGACGGCUCCGUCACCGUGGACGGCGACAGCGUGGGCGACUGGGAGUCGUUCGAGGAGGUCUGGCCCGACGACACCCACGUCUCCUUCAGGACAUUCCAUGGGGGCCUCAUCACGGCAACAGUGGACGGGAUUGUGUCGGUUGGCGAGUUCCCUUCCAGCCCAGGACAAACGCGCCUACACGACGAGCACGAGGGCUUCUUCGAGCACCUCCUCGAGGAGAUUGGUGAUGUGGCUGCCAAUUCUGAGGACGCCUCGUUCGAGGUAGUUGUCAAUUCUGAGGGCGACAGCAUCUCCCUGAAGACCUCGUGGGGCAGCUACCUGACAUCGGUACGUGUGGGCACGGCCGACGGCGUGGUGAUCCGUGGCGAUCGCGACACGAUCGGCAGCUAUGCUUCUUUCAUUUUGCGCGCGAAGAACCAGGAGACGAGCUGGCUCGACAAUGAGGUGACCCUGCAGUCUUAUUUGGGCACCUACGUCGGUGUCAGCGCGGGCGGUAAGGUCGUGGUCAGCGCUCAAGUGGCAAACCUCACAGCGUGCGAUGAGUUCAGACUGGUGGACGGGGGUGAUGGCACUGUAGCCCUCAAGACUUGCAUGGGCACGUUCCUGAGCGCGAUGGAGGACGGUUCCGUCACCGCAGACCAAAUGAGAGUUGGCGAUUGGGAGCAUUUUAUGAUCGAGACUGUCCACACGCAAUUCUUCAGCGCCCUGGACCUGCCAGUACGCAAGACUGGGAACCUUACGGGGGGAGGCACGACAUCGUCGAAGCUGGACCCGGGCACCGUGUCGUCGCGUGAGCCCCAGUCGGUCGUACUUAAGACCUUCCAUGGCGGGUACCUCUUCCCAGUCGAGGAGUCCAAGCGCGUGCAGGAGGACGCAAGCCCUUCAGAGGGCUGGCGCGUAACACAGGCGAUGAUCUUCACGCAGACGUGCGAGGAAGCGGGGAUGAUGCCCAUCACCGAUCAGAGCACGUGCGAUGCCGCCGCGAGCAGCAUCGGCCCCGCUCACAACAGUUCUGGCGUCGACAUCCCCACGGUCACGGAUGCUGGGGUCCCAGAGGGGUGCUACACAGUGAACCAGACCCACUUCAAGAUGGGCACGAACGCCGACAACCGAGGCAUUGGAGUGGUGCACAGAGACGAUGGCACGGUACUGAACCCCAUCUGCUCCGGGGGUUGCCCGAAGUGCGCGCCUCCGAACCCAUCGCCGCCUGCGAUGGUGAUCCUGUUCUACGAGCGCGACCUGUGCAAGAUGAAGUUGCUUGCCGCGUCCCUCACGAAGCACGAUCCGAAUCUGUUCAUCGGCACCAUACACCUCGUGUGGCUCUCGAAGCAUCCCCCCAGUGACUACAUGGGCGACAUCGACUCGAUCCGAAAUGCUGCGGCGGCGUCGCACACUGUACGCUUCCAUGACAUGUCCUGGAUGUUCGGGGCUGGCAUGCAUGGCUGGCACACGCAGCAGAUAGUGAAGCUGAAAGCCUCUGGCCUGGUCGAGGAGGACUACUAUGUGGUGAUGGAUGCCAAGAACGCGCUCAUCCGCGACAUUCAGCCAGACACAUUCAUGACGCCUUGCUACCAGGCCAAAGUUUUCGCGGAUACGGACUUUGAUCAUCUGAACGAGGACGCGAAAGGGUGGUACUACAAGUCAGCGGAGGUCCUCGGUGUCGGCAUCCCGCCAGGAAGGAAGUGGUCCGCAUCGAUCACGCCGGUGGUGAUGCACACCCAGACGGUGAUCAACAUGCUGCAGGACAUACACGAGAGCCCCAGCCCGCUCUCCCUGUGCAACGGCGCCCUCUGUGGGCACAUCGAGUACGGCGCGACUGAGUUCACCCUGUACUACCUCUACGCCGCCACCAAAACGGACGAGAAGUGCAUCCACCGGGAGUCCCACCACAACCCAGCGGUUUCCAUGUGGCGGGGUUUUCAGGACACGGGAGUGGUCCAGAGGGCGAUGGAUGAUCCCAACGUCCUGAUCUUCGGCGCCCAAACCGGUUCUAUGCCUGGCGGCGACGCAGGCCAGAAGAUCGCGAGCCAAUUGCAGAAGCUCUUCGAGGACGCUGGGGUCCAUGACCCUGCGAACUAUAGUGCCGAAGCUAUGGCGGGGUGCGUGGUCGGCUGGGGCUGA